AUGACUCUGUUUGGCCACUGGGCGCUUGCCCUCGGCAUUCCCCUGGCUGUGAAUGCUGCAAAUUCCACUUAUUCCAAUCCCAUCUUCCCUGGCUUCUUCCCUGACCCAAGCUGCAUCUUCGUUCCAGAAUGGGACAACACAUUUUUUUGUGCUUCCAGCUCCUUCUCGGUGUUCCCCGGAAUCCCUAUUCAUGCCAGCAAGGAUUUAGCGAACUGGAGGUUGGUUAGCAAUGUCCUAAGCAGACCCGAACAGCUGCCAGAUUUGGCUAUUACGAACAAGUCUACCAGCGGUAUCUGGGCAUCGACAAUACGAUACCAUGAAGGGAUAUUCUUCAUCAUGACCACCCUGGUUUUUGACGACCAGGCUCAGACGAACUUUUCCCGUUGGGACAAUAUGAUCUUCCAGUCUACAAAUCCCUUUGAAUCUUCGUCAUGGUCAGACCCAGUGCACUUCAACUUUACUGGCUAUGAUACUUCUCCAUACUGGGCAGACAAUGGUACUGUCUAUGUGACUGGCUCUCACCCGUGGGAGGUUACCCCAGGCAUCACGCAGACCACCGUCAAUCUGACUACAGGAGCCGUCGGAUCUGACCUACGUUAUAUCUGGAACGGCACCGGCGGUGAAGCACCAGAAGGGCCUCAUAUCUACAACAAGGACGGCUGGUACUAUCUCAUGAUAGCUGAGGGUGGUACGGGAUUGAACCACAUGGAGACUCUCGCGCGAUCGAAAACGAUCGGUGGUCCCUACAUGCCUGAUCCCGCCAACCCGAUCAUCACCAAUGCUAAUACAACGCAAUACUUCCAAACAGUAGGUCAUGCUGAUCUGUUUCAGGAUCCUUCGGGGAGCUGGUGGGGUGUUUGUCUCUCUACCCGUUCUGGUCCAGAGUUCUUGGUCUAUCCUAUGGGACGGGAAACUGUGAUGUUUCCUGUCACCUGGCAGACUGGCGACUGGCCAAUACUGCAACCUGUCCGUGGACAAAUGAGUGGAUGGCAGAUGCCGACCACCAACCUCAGCAUUGCAGGAGAAGGCCCUUUCACAGACGCCGCCGACCACAUCACCUUCCCACCAAACUCCAGUCUACCGAUACAUCUAGUCCAUUGGCGUAUUCCCAUCAACACCUCCUACACUAUUUCUCCGCCUGGCUAUGCUAACACUCUCCGACUGAGUCCGUCAAGGCUUAACCUGACCGGUUACGAUGGCAAUUAUGCUGGUCCUGAGGGACAGACGUUUGUGGGACGACGUCAAACAGAUACACUAUUCACUUAUAGUGUCAACAUGCAGCUCACACCUCAGACAGAAGGCGAUGAAGCUGGAGUCAGUGUCUUCCUCACACAGAAUCAUCACAUUGAUCUUGGGGUUGUUCUCCUGGCAAACACAACAUCGUCAUCAUCACCACAGCCGUUGGUGCCGUACUUCCGGUUCUCUGCAACGUCCUAUCUCACUGUCCCGCCACCACUGUUGGUUCCGGUCCACGCAUCGUAUCCCAAUUAUACGUCAUUGUCGAAUACGUCGGUCACCACGCUCAACUUGUAUCUGGAAAUCAAAGCCAUCAACCUUACCCAUUAUGCAUUCUCAGCCGGACCAAUUGAGAGUAUGUCGGACCUGCUGACGAUCGGGACUGCUCCUGCUGCGGAUGUUAGUUUUGGGUUUACUGGAACACUGCUCGGUGUCUAUGGCACUACGAAUGGACGUAUUGUCAACUCCUCGUCACCAGGCGCUCCAGCAUACAUUUCUGACUGGAAGUACACACCUCAGGGACAGUUUAUGAGCUAGGAGGUACAGCAAGUCGAUUCUCCCAAAGACGUGGUAGUAUUGGGCCAUUGCAGCUCCUCAGACGUGCAUGAAUAUCGUGCUCCAUCGAAUGUCACAAAUGUAAGACUGCUUGUGGACCGUCUCCCCAAAGACUGGCAGGCAAGGCUGAGGCUGCGGGGCCACGGGCGAGGCUAGGGCUGCCUAUGUACGUCAUUUUUAGGGAAAUUUAGGCGCGCGUGUCAGUUAAGUCAAAUCGAAACUAAACUGG